CAUAUAUACAGAUCUACUGAUUCUAAAAUAAAACUGGGGUUUAGUAACCAGCUAGCUACAAAGUGGUGUACUGCAUUUGAUGAGCAAUAAUUGCAUUACUUUUUCUAUACAGUGUCUAAAAUAUUAUUGAGAUAUUUCCCUCAAUAGUUAAAUGUGCAUCGUCAUUACUCAGGUGUUAAGUAUGAGGAAUUGUCAUGUAAAAUUAAUUAAUCGAAGCAGGAAAAGAUCCAGACAACUAUGGACUGGUUUAGAAUGGCCCAGAUCGCUUGCACAUGAUCAUUUUAGUUAACACAAGGUAGUUCUUAAAACUAGGGCUGGCUGCAGGACAAGUAGAAUACAAAGUAGACGUAGUGUAUAUUCUCUGAACAGGUCGCUUACAGUAUACACAUCAUGUAAACCACAUUGUAGCUUUGUUAUUACUAACUAUGUAUCAAGUAGAUGUUAUGGGCAGAAUCAGUGAAUGGCAAGAUUAUUAUUAUUAUUAUUAUUAUUAUUAUUAUUAUUAUUUUAUAUACAUAACAUUACUGUCACCCAAAGCAGUUCUCCCCUGGUUAAACUGUAUCCCUUUUGAAUAAUAAUUGCCUGCAAAAUUAAUCAGGUUGACAUUUUUAUUUUGUUCUACUACCAUUUUAUAAUUAAAACCUGUACUCAACCAUGGGAUGUUACUUUAAAUUUGUUCACAAACAUUGCGAAAUAACCUCAACUUUUUGUAGCACAGAAGAAGCUAAGAAAGGGCGUUUGCUACAUACUUUGUUGCGUGCGUUAUUGACAGUACCAGAAUAUACAGUAUGAAGGUGUGGGUCGGAAGGGUUUGGAAAGCUAAAUGCAGGAAACCUGAGGAGUCUGCAUAUAUGUUGAGAUCUAUCAUGAAAUCGGUUCGAUGUGUCUGUUUUCGGAAGGAUAUUAGUAAAAGAUAUGCCUUCAUACGAAGAAUCCGAGGAGAUGGGAACUGUUUUUAUCGGGCACUCAGCUAUGGACAUCUGGAAUCUCUACUUGGAAACAAAAGAGAGAUGGAGAAGUUCAAAGAAGCUGUGAUACAGAGCAAGGCAGAGCUCUUGUCUGCAGGGUUUGAUGAGGACAUAUUCAGAAAUCUGUUGAGCACUUUUGUCAGUGUGAUUGAGCAGACAGAAGACCAGGCAUCCAGCCUGCUUUCAAACUUCAAUGAUCCAACUACCUCUGACAUCAUUGUGCACUAUCUUCGACUUCUAGCCUCAUCAUAUCUACAGAACCGAGCAGAAUUCUUCCAGCACUUUGUUGAAGCACCUAAUCUGAGAGAUUUCUGUGUUCAGGAUGUGGAGACUAUGGGACUGGAAUGCGAUCAUGUUCAGAUUCUUGCUCUUUCUCAGGCCCUUGGUAUAAAUAUUCAAAUUGAAUGCAUGGAAGGAGCAGACUGCGAUCUUAACCAUCACAUUAUACCUGACGGAUCAACACCCUCCCUUCACCUACUGUACAAAACAGCACACUAUGAUAUACUUUACAAGGGUUCAGUUUGUCGACAGUCCCAAGAAGGAGCUUAUAGGUAACUGAAACUAGAUUCAAGUGAUACCUCUAAAUCUGUACAUUCCAAAAUGAACAUGUUUAGACCUAUCUGCGAACGCAGUUAGAUACGUGUAUAUGUCUGUAUACCGUAGACCAAAAACUGUUCAACCUCUAUCAUUUGAUAAACAAAUUAUGUAAGACAUGGUUUUUCUGUUUUCAUAGUAGCAUUUUAGCCAUUAUUUUCAUGGAGGGUGGUGAUACAGAACAGCAAAAUCUUUAUUGUAGGGAUGUAGUUAUGAAACUGCAAAAUAGUUACCAAGAUCAUAAUGGACUUCUGUGCAAACUCCCUUAGGACAAAAAGGUUACAACAGAAAGAUACUGUAACCUACAAGAAUAACAUGGGUAAAUUGCACUUUGAAAUACAAUAUAAAAAUCAUCAGAAUUAAAGGUCUUAAAAAAACUGCAUGCAUCCGACUGCAUUAAUACAUGAACAACAUGUGGUGAUCUGUUAUACUGAUCCAAAAUGUUUAUAUAAUUAAAGGCUGUUAAAUUAAAACAUCUAACAUGA